UCGUAUGUGGUUGGGACCAUAUCUUCUAUAACCAUUCCAGUUGUUUUGCUGUUAUAAAUAACGCUGCGAUGAACAUCUUUUUAGACCUUCAUCUUUAAACAUCCAUCCACUUGAUUCCUUUGAAGAAAUUCCAGCAGUAGAAAGUGCUACAUCAUGCGUCUGUUCCCAGAGCGGGGCAUCUGCCCAUGUCCCACGUGUGCCACAAAGCAUGCCAUGGCCAGCAAGUGCUCCUCGAAGCUGCUCUCCCCUCCUGCAAAGCCAGACCUCAGCCAGCAAGCACACGGUGCCAAGCCUGCCGCUCUCCAGGAAGGACAACGGCCCAGCUCGAGAGCACACCCUGAGCAACUGCGUCUGAUCCUUCAGCCAAGCAGCAGGGAAUCAUUAGCAGCCUGAGGAGUGGCCAGCUGGGAGCCUCAGGGACCGCCCAGCCUUGCUCCUGGCUCACCCACAAGAUGUGGACAGCCCUUGUGCUCGUUUGGAUUUCCUCCUUGUCCUUAUCUGAGAGCCUAGUGCCAAUCAAGGAUCCACUCCUCAACAAGACAAAUAAUCCGGACGGAAAUGCAUCUGUGAUGACAGUUACGAGAGUCCUUAAUGGAACGUCUGAAACAAUGACCACGGUGACACCUUCUCCUGUCCCACUGGCCACAGGGAGCCCGGUGGCCAACGCCAGCUCUCCUGUGACCACAGCAGGGAGAACUCUCAGGACAGACGCAGGGACGGAAGGUGCCCCUGACCGAGUAGCCUCCAGGGCACCCCCGCCACCUGCCUCAGCGUCCUCGUGGCCGACCCCGUCCUCCACCACUGUCGGCGUCCCUCGCGUGCAGGUGCCGAGCGGCAGCCUGCUGCCGGGAACAGCAGCUCUGACGACAGCGGCCACCAGCACUCAGCCUGCCCCUGGGACUACAGCGAGUGCCCGCAGCCCUUCCCAGCACGGCCCCGGCAACUCCACAGCCAACCCCGCGCCGCCCUCGGGUCCCCAAGCACUUAACGUGUCCACACAGGCCCCCACCGUCCGGGCGUCAGCGGCUGUGGCUGGCACGGCAGGUGGGCCCACGCCCACCCUCUCCAGCACGGCCUCAGAGCCCACCCGCGCAUCUGUGACUUCCAUGGCUCCCGUGGCCACCAUAGCAGUGACCAGCACUACGGCCCAGGCCCAGGAGCCGACUACCAGCACAGCGUCAGCACCUGCACCCCACACCAGCCCGACCCCCAAGGGGGAGGCCACAUCCCCCGCAACCCGGCCGAUCCCUGCUCCAUCGACCUGGGGGACCGCGGGGCCGGGCACAACCCAGACCCCCGAGCAGGUGCAGCCUGAAACCUCUCCUGGUGCCGCGUCCACCACCCCAACGCCCGGGAGUCCCAGGGGCUCGAAGAUGCCGACCACAGCCUUGUGCCCACUUAGCACCCAAGGCCAGUACCUGGUGGUCACCACCAAGCCCCUCCCCCCAUCUCUGGUGAACAGAGGUUUCCUCCUGGCAGUGCUCUUGCUCGGGGUGACUCUUCUCAUCAUAGUUUUGGUUCUGUUAGUCCUGCAAGCCUAUGAGAGCUACAGGAAGAAAGAGUACACGCAGGUGGACUAUCUCAUCAAUGGGAUGUACGCAGACUCCGAAAUGUGAGGGGCCGAGGAGGCCAGCCCACCGCUCCUUCCAUUUUGCCUCUGAGACCAAACCAAGUGCUUCCAGAUCCUUUUGGUGCAAUUAGGAGGUGUGCCGGACGCUUCAACACAUUUACUUGCUGUCAGAUUAAUUCCUCGAUCACUCAAGAGUUGCUGCUUUUUCAUAUUUAUUUUUGUAAACAAUCAUGUCCAUGGAAUGGGCGGUGAUCCCACUACAGCGGGGCUGGCAGGGCCCCAGUGUGGAGCCCGACCCGAAUUAAAGCAAUGACCGCCUUUCCAUUCA